AGUAUGUUUUCGAGGCACCAUCCGAUAGAAACAUUUCGUUCCGAGCACUUUGCUAGUUUAACACCACCGUUUUACACUCGAAAAUAUUGUGAAGUGUGCUUUGACUGCAUCAUUAUUCAAUAUUUGAUUUUCUCCUACUUUUUUCACGAAAUAAUCUGUAUUUUAUUUUACGAGAACUAACAAAAAUGUAUGACAAAGACGCAUUGCUACAAAUAUUGAAAAAUCCAUCUUUUCGGACAAUCGAUUCAAGUGGGAAAGUUUUACCUCCAAGCGAUGAAGUUUAUGUCAGAAUUUCAGAAGAAAUGAAAAAUCGGGGGAGCAACAUAACUCCGAAACACGCGUAUACGAUAUUACAAAAAGAUCGUGGAAUCUUCUUGCGAGAAAUUUUACGCGUUUAUAAUAUUGACGAAAGGAUAAUUGUUCAACAGAGCGAACAAAGUGAUAUAUCUUAUGCUGACAAUAAGUCACGAACUGAACAGAAGAUAUCUAUAUCAUACAAAAUAAUAAUAUCUCCUGAGAAAUGGAAAGAAAUGAAACCUGAAUCCCUUAAUUAUGGCGAUAAGCAAUAUGUGACGUUAAAAAGACGUGUAUGGACACAUAUUAUUGCAGAAAAAAUUUAUUCUCAAACUGAUAUUCCAUGUGCCAUUACGUUUAAAAGUGGCAGAGUUUAUAAACGUUCAUCUGCAAAAUGCUAUGUACACAUUAAAGGGCAUUGUAUCGAUUGCGGUGCCAUAAUAGAUGGUAAAUUGUUUUCAAAACCUGUAGCUGAUAGAGAUUGUGUUUUUGAAUUCUUGAUAACAAAUUUGAAUACAAAAAUAAGUCACAAACAUAAAAGACCUCUAGCGGGAUACUUACGCCAAAAAAUUACUGGAUCGCCAGUUGAAGGGGCAUUUUCAAAUUUAAAGAACGUAGUUUUUAAAGGUAAGUUACCAAUGAGAGUGGAUAAGUUCGUAAUUGAACAUCUUAACUAUCUCGAUGGGAAGUUAAAAUUAGCUUACGCCGAACACAAUACAGUUAAAAAUAUAACCUCAAACCAUGAAAUUACAAGCCUACAAUCAGAUUCUACAGUUAAAUCUAUAUCCCUGAAAGAAAAUAUACAAAGUUCAACGAACACUAUGUCUAACAAAACAUUAAUCAGCACAAAGACGGAAGAUAACGUCCGAGUUACAAUCAAUGAUACUACAAAACAUCUUUCACUAAUUGAGGUAGAGAAAAAUGUAUCUUGGACUAAUAAUGAGAUUAAAAUAAUUGAAACAUUACCGUCAUCUACCGUUUCGUCAUCACUUCCUGAAAAAAGCACGAAAAUGAGCAUAGAGACCCUUCCUUCCGAAUUGGAAUUUAUCUCACGUUGCGUUGAAACAUCCACUCCAUUAAAAGAAGAGCCACAAAAAGAAAAGAACACCACAUUCAUUACAUCUUGUGAAAGUGAAAAUGCACUGGAUAUUAAAGAAAACUGGCGGAGAGAAGCUAAAACGGACAGAAACAAACAAAAAAGAAUGAUUAGUACAAAUGAUGGAAAGCAUCGGAAGAAAUUCAAUUAUUUAGAUGCGUGUGCCGAUUGUGACUUGUUCUCAAACGGCACUGCAGAAGGCAUGCCUCUUAUUUCUAAUGGUAAUCUAUGCGAACCAGUGCAUUGUGACAAGAUCAAAAUUUUGGUCAAAGAUACAUGUGCUUUUGACUCAAUAUUACAAGUUAUAAUGUGUGCAAUAGCAACAAAUUCUUCAUAUAAAGAAGCAAGUCGUGCGAUAGACAGUACAUUUAUAAAGUUAGCUGAAAUGCUUUUAACGGAUAGAAAGGUGACAGCAGCAGCACGAAUUGAGAGAGCUCGAAUUUUACGAGACAUUCCAAUUUUCCAAAAGUCGCAGUACACGCGGCAAUUGCUAUCAAUAAAUGCAAACUGCAAUGCUGCUCAUCUUGCGGAAUACAUUUUACAUCCGAGUUAUGUAAGAUAUAUUAACUGCAAUACUUGUAAUAUAGCAAGCGAACACAAAUUUACAUUUUUAAACGUUAAUGUGGACAUUAUUCUUCAGAACGGGCCGGACUGUAUACAAGAUGCAAUACAUAGUGCAAUAAAUACAACUUAUUUUUGCAAACAUUGUAAAAAAUUACAACAUUACAAUGUAACGUACGGUCCUCAUAUUCUUAUCGACAUGAGCAUUUUGACGGAUAAUAAUUAUACAAAAGUGCCCCUAAAUGACAUGAAGCUUAAUGCAAUAAGUAAACGCAUUGAAGUUGGGGGCCAAUUUUAUAAUUUAGUUGGGGUGAUUAGGUACAUAAAGUAUACCGCCGUUAAAGGACACUACACAGGAAUUGUAUACACAAGUUUGAAGUGGUACGAAUACGACGAUUUAUCACGUAAACGAAUUCCUUUACAUUCCAAUUUUAAAAUCAUUCCCCAUAUCCUCAUUUAUAUAAAACAAUAGAAUUAAAACAUUGAAAAUAAUAAUUGAAAAGAAAACAAAAACAAAAAACAAGAAACAAAAAACGCAAAAGAAGAAAAAACAAAAAAAUGUUAAAAAUAUUUUUAAACAAACAGAACUCUCAAAGUGUAGAUAGCGUACCUUACAACCACUAUUACGAC